AGAGCGCGGCGAGCGCACCACUCUGACUUCAUCCUCGAGCAGUGCGGCUGCGCUCCUCGCUCAGUCUCCAUCCUUCUGGAACAUUCACUUUUGUAUUCUUCCAGAACAGUGAUAGUGAAAACAAUGAAAGAGACAUAGCUGCAGCAUGUUUGUUUGGAGCACAUGAUUUUUCCUCCUCGUGCCGUGUUUUUCUCUCUUCUUUGCUCCCCGCGCCCAUCAGUCAGUGGAAUGGUCUGCAUGUUCUCCCUCAAGUCGUUUCCACUUCAGCAUGGGAACUGCGGUGUCCAAAAGGAAGAGUCUGAAGAGUGACGCGAUAUCUUCCGUGGCAGCAAAAGUUCGAGCAGCCAGAGCGUUUGGAGAUUACCUGUCCAACACAAAUACAGAGAACCGCAACGGAGCAGAUCAUCUCUUGUCUGACACCUUCCCUGGACAGGACUGUGACUCUCCAGACAUCAGCCGCUUACAGAAAAACAAUCUGCCCCCACAGAGCCGCUGUUUGCCCGUCGCUAAACCCAAUCAACCCUGCCAAUCUAAUCCCAGCGCUAACCCAGAGUCAAAGCCUCAAGUCAACAGCCUCCAGACUGAAGCACCGGUGGGUCCCUGCAAACGCAGACUCUCUGCUGAGCGCAGCCUCUCCACAGAGGACACACCGGGUACCCGAGGCCCAGAGGGGAGCGUGGUGGUAAAGCCUGCCCGGGUGUAUACAAUCACCAGGGAAGGAGGUAUGACCCUGGGGGAGCGUGGUAGUGAGGAGAGCCUGGAGCUCGAGGUGCUGAAGGGCUCAAGGGAGCAACCUCAGUCUCAGGCCCCUACCUCUGCCAGCCAAACCCCUUCCUGCACCAGCCAGCCAUCCGCAUCAGCCAACCGCGGUAGCCAUCAUCGUAGCAGCCAUCACCGCAGCAGCCAUCACCAUAGUCACCAGCAGCAGGGGGGUAUGCUAUCUUCAUCUCAGCCGCUUCAGAGCUCUGGGAGUGCCAGCAACAUCCGGGAUUGGGGAACGAGAAGAAGGGGGUCAAGGGAAGACUACACCCCGGACUGCGUGGCCUGCAUUAAGGCUCCCUGUCAGAGACAGCGCUCCCUCGACCUGGAAAUCCCAACACGGGAGGGAGGGAAACCCAGGAAGAAGCUGGAGAGGAUGUACAGCGAGGACACAGGGUCCACUGAAGACAGGGAGGACAAUCCUAAUAGCUGGUUUCCCAAAGAGAAUAUGUUCAGCUUUCAGACAGCCACCACCACCAUGCAGGCGAAUUUCCGCAAACACCUUCGGAUGGUCGGCAGCCGCCGGGUGAAGGUCCAGACCUUCGCCGAGCGCAGAGCCAAGAGUUUCAGUCGCUCGUGGAGUGACCCCACCCCUGUCAAGCCUGACUCCCUCCAUGACUCCAGAGACAGUGGUGAGCUUCAGUCCUCCUCAGGGACCCUAGAUGAAGGGCUGAAUGAGGACGCUGAUUGGGGGGAUGAAAGGGAGAUGGAGAGAGCGGCCUGUGAAGGAGAAGACUUCAUUUCACCUAAAAUUGUGCUGAUAUCCUCCAAAGUCCCAAAGGCAGAAUAUCUUCCCAACAUCAUCCGAAGGGACGACCCCUCCAUCAUCCCCAUUCUUUACGACCACGAACACGCCACGUUCGAUGACAUACUAGAGGAGAUAGAGAAAAAGCUGACUGCUUACAGGAAAGGCUGUAAGAUAUGGAACAUGCUGAUUUUUUGCCAGGGAGGUCCAGGACAUCUGUACCUGCUGAAAAAUAAAGUCGCCACGUUUGCAAAGGUGGAGAAAGAAGACGACAUGAUACAGUUCUGGCGACGGCUCGGUAAUCUGAUGAGUAAACUCAACCCGGAGCCCAACCUCAUCCACAUCAUGGGCUGCUAUGUGCUGGGCAGUGCUAACGGUGAAAAGUUGAUUCACACCCUGAAGAGGCUGAUGAGACCCUCCUCCGUUGAAUUCAAGUCUCCACUGGAGCUGUCUGCACAGGGCAAAGACAUGAUCGAGGCGUACUUUGACUUCCGUCAGUACCGCCUGUGGAAAAGCCGUCAGCACUCCAAGAUGCUGGACUAUGACGACCUCCUGUGACCUGGCCCCCCCUUCUUUCGGCCCGUCGGGCGGUUUUAUCUUUUCUCCAAGCCUGCUGUGCAGUGACAGGCUUUUGGUUGUAGGGGCCCCUGAGAGGCUCCUGGAACGGCUCUGUGGCAGAGCGGGAGCAGCAGCAGCAGCGCAGUUGGGUCUUUUUUCAACCCUUCUGAUGUGACAGGGUCGCCCUGUAGAUUCAGCCAGUGGUGAACUUUUUCCUCCCGAAUCCAUUUUUCACUUUCUGCCUCUUUCUCUGAGAAUACAGAAAGAUAGGGACAAGAAAGAGGAGGAGGAGAAGCAGGGGACUCGUCAUCUUAGCCUAAAUGUGUCAGAAGACGCUAACUAGAGUUAGAUUCCUGAGUUCAGAGGACGUUAGAUAGAAGAGUGACAGCAGAGAACAGAGGGAACUGCUCCGUUAGGAGUUUAGAGGUUGAUGAUUUUUUGCUUCAAACGUGGAGAAAAAUGGAUGAAAGAUUUUCUUUGUCAGGUGUCAAGGAAGUAUAGCUUAUAUGUAAAUAAACAAAGUGCUUACUGGACUAUUAGAAGAUAGAUCAUCCAAGCAUAAGUCUGGAUAUUUAACUAGUCUUAAUAACAACUAGAGUUUCAUAUUUAAGCUUUUCUAACUUAAAGUAAGUGUGUUAGUAUUUUGUAUGGACUGUUGUAUUAACUCAGGUUAAAUCCAUCCAUCAUUCAAUACUAAGAAUUGUACUCAGUGUUAGCGGCAUACUGUAGAACAGAGUCCAAGGCCUCAUACUCAAUACAGAGUCAUUUCAGCGGACCGUUAGACUUGUCAGGGAUGUCAUAUCGUAAUGUGCUCUACGUCUUCAGAGUUUUUAAGUAGCCAAUCAGAGAGAUGUAUCCGUGCAUGUUUUCGACGUUACAGCUUCGCAUUUAACCUCAACGAGCCACAUCUAGCUACUCUUUCUUCAGCUGCCGGCUCACGAGUGCUGAUUCUUUUUAGUGUGUGGGGUUUUUUGAUUUAUCUCAGCACUACAUUUAACGACAUAUUAUAGAGUAAUUCAAAUGUUCCUAUUUAACGUGAAUCACUCAAAGUAGCAAUGGAGUGGCGGUGGUUAUUUUUGUGCACUCGUUGAAGCAUUGCUCUGUUAAGUUGUGUCGUGAAUAUAACGGUAUGAAGGAGUGUGUGUCGUAGAAUACAUUCCAAUAUAUGCUGAAAAAUAUCUGGUCAUUUUCGCUGGAGUUGAAACGAUGUCUGUUUUUACUUUAACAUGAUGACAUGUUUGUGAUUUAGUGUUGAGCUUCAGCAAAAGUUAGAUCAGGAGUUGCGCAGAGGCCGAGAUACUCUGCCUUCCCUGAUGACAACGCUCCACUUCAGGCAGAAUUAUUCCUCAUUAGAUCACAUUCUGCUACCUUACCUAUUUUAUUACACUGACUGAUACUGCAAUGUUCACCUAACUUAUAUUUUUAAUAACAGUAAUCCUAUUUUUUAAAACAAGGCCAUACCCAAUCGUGCUGAUUACUAAAACAAAGGAAAGUCCUGAUACUUCACUCAAACAAUAAAAGUUCGAGAGGAGAGAGACGUUUCACAAACCUAUCGCAUUUUGGAAAAGUAGUUGCUUGUGUCUCAAUUUACGAAGUGAAACAUCAGACAGGAUGGGACAGUAACAGCUCCGUCUCAAGCUCGUGCUGCAGCUUCAUCAUAUCACAAGACUCUUCCUCACACGAAGGACAGAGUACAUUAAGUAACAAUGACAUGGUUGCAGGAUCGAGAUAAGAAUCUGUUUUGAAUUGAAGAUCAGGAAUAUUUCAGAGGAGGGAUUUACGAGUACAUGGUGUGUGACAUUUCUGCACACGUUUCCUAACUUUAUAAGUGUGUGUGGUAAACAUGGCUGACUGAGCCCUUUCUCUGCUUGAUGUGAUCAUACGUGUCUCGUAUUGUUGCUGCUUGCUGAUCCAUGCAAGUGUUCUGGGCUGAAGUACGCGUUGCAUUGGAGAGUUUGAAUAGCUCUUAAUGCAUCCAUGAGGACAUGCUGUAUAUGGGAUCCAUAUGGAGAGCUUCAGUCACAUGGGACAUUGAGGUAUUGAAAUAACUCCUGCCAGGAGGGAUGCAUAAUGCUUUCAGACCUGAGAGGCUUCUUGUUUCUAUAGAGCACUGUUUUAUAAAUGUUUUUUAAGACUGCAAUAAUCACUGCUUUGGAGAUUGUUCCCAUGAGAAGAAUGACUGCUCAUCCAAAAUGGCUUAAAAGGCUUUUGGACUCAAGCCCUUUAAGAUGAUAAAGGACAUAUUUUUUUCUUCAAAGAACACUGAAGGACACUGGAUUAAUGAACUGUCGUAUUUUUUUGUUUGUACUGAAAUGAUUAAUGUAUUACCGCAAAAUAUGAUUUACGUCUGUUUUGCAUAAAAAUGCUUAAACAUUGAAGUCAGUGGUUGUUGUGCCACAAUGUAGCAUGUAUCAUAGGUCACUGUAAGCUUUGCGUGUAAAUACUGUAAACAUUUAAGACCAUGGAGGUAUUCAGCCGAUCCCACCAGACAAUAAUGCAGCCAUGGUUUCAAUGUCUUCACAAACUCAGACCUCACUGGCUCUUCAGGUUGAAGCACUUUGGAAUAACAGCGUUCCUCUUCCUGGUUUAUGUUCUUACUGUGGGGAAGCUGAUGACAGCAACUUUCAAAACAAAACAGGAAAGUCAAAGAAAUGUCCAUUUAUGUUUGAAACGAUCCUGUGGAGAGGCACAUCACGCUGAAUCUAUCGUCCAUGUCUCAGCUAUGGUUUCAAUACCUGCUUUAGUUUAAUCAUGACAGUAUUUUAUUUAACUUUCUGUUCUGAGUGUUCUUCCAUAAGGUGCAUUUCGACCAAGAGUUCUAGGGUCUUUUAGCCCCCAGAACUACUUUCCCCUGGACUAAAAGGUUCCUGUGCCCCCAUUGUUGUCUGUGUUUCGAUCGCAGGCUGAAGUCCCGGGUAGAUUGUGCAAAACAGGCCAGUGACAUAUGGAGAAAAAAAAACUAAAUGCACUACACCACCAGACCAGUAGAGGGCAGUAAAACAAAGAGGAAUGCCAUUCAUCACAGAUGACACCAUAGAAGCAGACGGACAGGCAGGUAUCAUUAUGAUCAACACAACAGUUAGCCUGUUAGCAUGAAGAGACUCAGCUGGUGCUGUUUUAGAUGGUGCUAUAUUUCAUCACAGAUGGAUUCACUGAAUCAACACGUGAGAGGAGAUAAGCGCGAGUAGCAAAGACGUUUCAACACGCCUUUAAAAUCCUUUUGAACUCAAAAAGCCGUGGCAGAGAUCGACCGGUGUUUUGGUUUACACAGCGACCCUGUUAACUGGAGACUCUCAGCCGGAUGCAUCCCUCAUAAACGUCUUUAGACCAUCAUUAAAUAUCUGAUGAGGAUAUUUUGAAAUCUUAAUAAAAACUAAACUAGACUAAACUUCAACAGCUGUGUAAACUCCACAAACACUGUUAAAUUCAGCUGAAGGUCUCCAGUUUACAGGGUCCCUUUUAAAACCGUAACACCGGGAGAGACACAUUCACAUUGGGUUGAGAGAAGACUACUGUUACAAGCUGCUAAAUCAAGAGAAUCACAGCUUCUUCUUUUGAAAAGUACACACACAUACAAAAAAGAUAGAACAAAUAAAAACUAAUGAAAGAAAGAGAAAUCAAGUGAAUCACAGAUGUGUGUGAUGUUAUUGUGGACGGAGGGCGGAAUAAAAACACUGUGGUUAAUCUACCAAUCAGACACGUUCAGCACUGCAGGCCCUGCCCCCUGAAAGUCCCGGGACCUUUGAAAAGUACUACCCCCCUAGCAGGGGCUUUUCAUGGGGGAGAUUAACUACCCCUGAACUAAAUUUAGACCCUGGUUCCUCUGGUCGAAACGCACAUAGUUCCAGGUUAAAGUCCCUCUGGUCGAAAAAACACCUAUAAUCUUUCUUGUUUACAGUAAACACACAAAUCUAGAAAACGAUAAUAUUGCUUUUAGAUAAACAUUCAAGAGUUUUUCUUUUCUUGUGUGCUGUAGCACAAACAUUUCCUGCUUUGCAUUACUCCUGUGAGAGUGAAUCUGACCUUACUUUUAACAUCAUCUGCUACUUUACAACCAUUCUUCUGUAGCAAUAUUCUGUGUUACAAUAUUUUUGUAAUGUCAUUUGAAUAGAUGAAUAGAACGUGAAAUGUUGUUCGGUCAUAUCUAUGGACCUCAAUGACUCUUGAAUCAAAAUACUGAUGAGAACAUCGACACCAAAAAUGUGGAUACUGCUCACUGCUCAGUUUUUAGAGUGCAGACUAAUCCUGCUCAGGGAGGUCUCCUCUGCUUUCUACCUUGCUCUGUUUAAGUAAAGGCUGAACCCCAGAGUCAUUAUACUCCCGCUCAGUUGUUGUAACAGCAGUUUAAGUUGAUAUAUUUAAUCCUGUUGUAUGCUGUGGUAAUUGAAAAGUUGAGAUACACUCACGGCUGAUGGAUUUCCACUGAAGUGUCUGAUUGAAGACUUUGCUCUCUGUACUGGAGAUCCAUUAUUGACUGUAGAGCUCAGGCUGUCUUCAGAUCAGAGAUCAGCUGGUAGGCUGGAACACGCAGCAUCUCUUUCAAGUUCGAAACGGACGCAGAACCUCUUCAGAAUCCCAGUCACUACGUGCAGCAGAAACAACCUCUGGCCCCAAGAAAGACAAAGCUUUAGUCCUUUGUUUUUAAGUUCUGAACCACUUACUCCUCAAUGAAGAAUGGAAUUGCAUUUGUGAUGAAUGAAUCAGUGAUCAAAUGACGUUUCAGGUGCUUACAUGUGUAGGAUUGUCUUUCCUCAACCUUGAGCAGUCUCAUAAAGAAACGCAGGUUUCCUCCAUUAAGGCAAUAUCAUGGUUGACCUUCCUCUGUGCAAAUAAGUAAAAAAGUAAUAACAUCAAAAACUUGUAUUAUCCAUCUUCAGCUUUGACCUCGAAACAGAUCACGUCUGUAAAUAAGGUGUGAGCAUGGGAGAAAGCAAGAGACCCAACAUACCAAUGACAGUGUGGAGCAGACUAACCUGAGCGAGCACCAGAUCACAUAGAUCUCACACUUUAACAUGGACUUCAAUUCAUAUUAGUGCAACUCCAUUAUGCAGGAGUUCAGCAAGUACUGCACACAGUUUGACUUGUGUCGGCUCGCUGAAGCAGACGUCUCCUGAGAACGCGAUCACACAAAUCACCAGAUUGAUAUUUGAGCACCUUCCCUCUCCUGUUGUUUCCCAAAUGGAACUAUGUGUCACCAUUAGUGCAGUACUAUUUAUUAAUAAUAAGCAUUGUUGUUGUGUCCUCCCCGCUGCUCUUGCCGGUUUCUCCAUGAAGAUUGCCGGCGCUCAGUUGGGAGUGUGAUUGAGUUUGAUGAGAGUGAUGGAUUGAUGCUGCUCUGAUUGCUCUGACACUUCCAGUCGGGCUGUGAUUGUAUCUUUGGAAGAGUGAAAAACAACGUGUUUGUGUUAUGUCUGUUUCACUUUGUAUCAACUUUAUCUAAUUAAGGGUAACCUUUUGGAAUAGCUUUCUUAGACUAACACUCAGUAGAAUUGUAUGUCACAAUAAGACUAAAACAGGUAUAUCAUGUUUAUGCCAUGUUAAAGUUAGACAUAUUUAUCUAAACGUUAUUAGCAUUAUUGUAUAUCUUGUGAUUUUGAUACUAGUAGAAGUGAAGAAUUCACCUCAGUAGCUUUCCUGUUCUUUUGGGUUACAGCUAUGAACAGACUCAGCAAGCUGAACUUUAAUCCAAGAAAGCAUCUUUAGCCUUGUUCAGACUGCAGGACCUGGUAUUUAUUGGUACCAUAGAUAUUUAAGUCUCCGUCAUUUAAAACACCAAAUUAAAUGCAACUUCAGAUCUGGAGAUACUUUGACAUACUAAACUAUGUCCCAGAAGUGAGUCUCUCUGAAUCACACCUUGACCGCACAAUCAGGGGGAAAUGAUGGCUUUCUAUUUUUCCUGCUGUGUGACCAGCACAUUAGAUUCAAACCACUCCAAUCUAUAAAUAACAGAGUUGGAACUGCCAUAACACACAGAUUUGAGAAACAGGUCGGAUUUCACUGCAGUCUGAACAAAGCUUAGUUGUAAUUGAACCAGCAAGGAUUGUUCUGCAAUGUUGGAGGAAAAAAAAACCUGUGAGGAAAAGAAUUGUUUUUCAAAGUUUGUUUUUAUCAAAUAAAACUUAGUUCUACACA